CCAGUCCACUGCCGACUACAGAGCAAUUAGUCACCACAGCCACCUUACUUCCGUUACCGUCGAGUUUGUGUUCUGGAUACCUAACCUCAAUCGGACCCAUGGACCCCGGUCCAGAUGGCCAAGGGCAACAGUACGGCGAGGUCAAUCAGCUGGGAGGAGUUUUUGUCAAUGGGAGGCCUCUUCCCAAUCCCGUGCGCAUGCGCAUCGUGGAGCUGGCUCAGCUGGGGAUCAGGCCGUGUGACAUCAGCAGGCAGCUAAGAGUCUCUCAUGGCUGCGUCAGCAAGAUACUGGCCAGGUACCAUGAGACCGGAUCGAUCCAGCCAGGAGCUAUUGGAGGCAGUAAACCACGCGUCACAACACCAAAGGUGGUUGCCUACAUCAAAAAGCUGAAGCAGAAGGAUCCUGGGAUCUUCGCGUGGGAGAUCAGGGAGCGCCUGCUGACCGACGGAGUCUGUGACAAAUUCAAUGUUCCCUCGGUGAGUUCCAUCAGCCGCAUCCUGCGCAGUAAGAUCGGAAGCCUGCUGAGCCACCAGCCGCAUCCUCACCUCUACAACUCCCUCUACCCCUCUUAUCCGUACCCCCCGCCCAGCCAGUCGCCUUGCGCGAACCUGACCGGCUCGCCCACACACUGCUGGCCCAGCUCGCACACGGUCUCGGACAUUCUGGGGGCUGCUGCAGCCAACUUCCGGCCACCCCCGGCCUCCACCGACCCUCAGUACAACUACUAUAUGUACCUCAACAACGUGCCUCCGGUCACGUGUCAGCCAGCCUGGCCCGGACAAUAGCGCCCCUGGCGGCCGCCUGAGCCACCACUUCUCUCUGCGACGAUCUUCUGAGCAACAGACCCUCCUAAAACUGCCAAUGCAUAGGCACCAUCGUGAUAUCCAUCCAAGUGCGUGUUCGUAUUAAAAUUGUUCCAUUAUUGUUUUACCCCAAGAAAAAUCAAUAAGCUAAAUAACUGUUUUUUUAAUUGAGUGUAAAGAUCCAGAAUCCUGUUGAAUAAUACAAGAAUGUUACUUUGGAUUAAAACCGAACCAAAGGGAAACAACAAGCGGUCUAUAAGUAAUGGAUAUGGACUUAUUUCAAGAGAUUGAUAUAAACUAAAAAUAGAUCACUGAUGGAUUUGCAAGUAGAACUACGAAAGUACUUGUAUAGUAAAUAAAAAAAACAUUGCACAAUAACUACAUGAAUGAGACGGGACGAUGGUAAAACAACACUUCAUUAUAUUUAAACUUCGUUUCUUAUUAAAUAGGUUUUAUUAUUGUAGUACGUUCAGCGUUUUGGUCCAGGAAGCACUUUACGUAAUUCACGGCACUGGUUCAAGACUGAUUACCAGUCCGCACUGAUGACUACCAGAAGACAGAAUUACUCAUUCAUUACCGCCUGACAGAGUGGUUGAUACCCGGCCCGCCUACCCGUUGGCUAUCCGUCCUCCCCAUCACUCAAGUUGCUCGCCGCUGCAGACCAGAUAUGCCCGCGGGACCGCCACUCAGCAACGUCCUGUGUUGUGUUCAGCACCGCCUGCCUAUAUUGUAUAUAUCCAUUGUAUGUUUUGUAUAUUGUGAGACUAACAGUGAGAGGCGUACACGAUCGUGUAGCCGUAUUUUGUUAUGACGCACGAUACAACUGUGUUGCCACCGCCUUAUUGUAGUAAACUACGUGUCUGCUUUAGUGAUAUCGUUGUAUGUACAUUUGUAGUUAGAGUUACUUUUUGUAUCAGCACGUUAAACUGUUUAUUGAUAUUUGUCAUUGUUUGAAACCUGAGGAUCUGGGUGAAUUCCGUGUUGUUAAAUGUAUGUACAAGAUUUUAAUUUUGGUUUCCAAGAAAUCGCGCCCUAUUGGUGGGUUUUGGGAGUGUGUUAAAAAAGUACGGUUUGACUUUAGGCCGUAUAAGUUAUAUUUUCGAGAUAAAAUCAAAAGUUUAUAUAGACGAUAACACACCUGUUAUAAAGAACUGUACUACUAUUUAAUUUUGAUCACUAGAGGAAUAUACUUGUGUAAUUAAUAAGUCACGAACAUCUGAAAACAAAUUCAAUUCUACCUACAAAUACGUCAAAUUAAUUAAUUAAACAAGUUCAACAACGGCAAACUCUGUAUCGAACAAAUUACUACUGAUAAAGUAUUUAAAUUUAAGCUAACCAAUUUAACAGUAUGCUCGAAACAACGUAAUUGAUUAAACAACGACUGAUAUUAGAAACCAUAAAAUUAUGAUGAAAUUCUCACAUUAUUCACGUUUUCGAAAACUGUGCCUAUCCAAUGUUUUUUUUUAAGCGCAAAAUCAUUAUUAUUCCAAUUUUUGAGAAUAAAGAUGAUGUCGUAUAUCAGCUCCAUGUGUAUUUUAAACUUUGAUUCUAUGCUCUAUAAAAAAAAAACAUUGAAGCAAAACCCUAUUUUUAGCUGUUACUUCAAGAUACCUGUUACGUAUUUCGAGUCACAUUACCAAACACACUUGACUUAACUCAGUAAAUACGUACUCAUCACUGGAUCUCAUUUUUUAAUUGAAGCCUAUCUAAAAACUAUUCCCUGCACAUAUGUAUUUUCUCUGUGUUAGUCGCGUAUGUAUUUUAGGUAUGCAUAUUGUGUCAACCAUCCGUGCCUUUCUCACAAACAGUGACGUCAUGACGUCAGCCUCUUUAAACAAGGCACCUGAAGUUUUACACAACAUCGUGUUUCUGAAAUAUUUCAAAAAUAUUACGAAACCCUAGCUAUUGCCGAAGUAAUCAGUUAAAAGUAUACCAUAGUUAUAAUCUAACAAAAGUUGUUAAGCACAAAUGGUUUGCAUUGACACAAAAUAGUUUCUAAUAAAAUCAAUGAAAUAGUUAUAAAUCAGGAAUAACAAUAUUGUAGAUAAAAUGUCUUACUUUUCAAGACGCUUUAUAUUGUAGAAGUGUGAUAACAAUAUUGAGUUUACCACUUAAUUUAGUCACAGCUUUGAUUUUUGGUUCUUUAAGUUUCUCCCAGAUAAAUUUCUAAAACACUAAAGGAAGUUUUGCUCUUGAACUAUUUUAAUCGACGAUACAUAUCACAGGAGUUUUGUACCUUCAGUCUGACAGCCUGAUAAUAUAGGUCACAAAUAUUUAGAACCUGUGAUUAUUUUAUUUUACAGAAAGUAAAACAAUUAUAGUUUCACCAAACAUUGUUUAAUUUAAUUGAUUUAUUAUUUUACAUUCUCAGCGAAUGUUUUCUUGUUGCUAAUUGCACUAAUUUUUACCGACACAUAGUAAUUGAAAAAAAGUUACAGUUUAAAAUUUUAUACUUUGUACAUUGUAUUUCAAAACAUUUUUUGAGUCAUAAGUAUUUAAAAAGAAAUAUAUUUAUACAAGGCGUGAAACAUACUAAAUGGUCCAUGUCAAUAGGUGAAAAGAGUAUAAAACAUAAAUUCAGCCAAGUAACUGUAUUGCCAUAUCCAUAGCUUCUUUUAUUCAAGAUUGUUUUAAAUUUACUUAUUGUCAUGCAAUCACUGAAAACUGCUGAAGCAUACUGUACAAUUAGGAUCUUAAAAUUUACCCCAGUUACUUGUAAUUUCCUACCUAAAAUAAAAAUUUGCUUAGCUAUAAUUAAUGGGGUCAUAAAGAUUUAUCAAACAGCUAACUAAAACUGCCCUUAAUUAAUUUAAUUGUCUUGUAUAACAAUUUGACUGUCGGGUAAAAUCUGUCCAGUCUUUGCUAAAUUCACAUUGAGGUAGAUGUAAAGUUUAAAACUAAAUGACAUACAAUUAACAAACACAAGACGAAAUAGUAAACACUUGUUAUGGUUUAUUUAUAAUUUUUACUUUUACUAUUUUUAAAUACUCUAAAUAACACUCAAACUGUACUCUUUAUCUAUGUACUCCAAAUGUUUGUUUAUGUUAAUCUAAUUAUUUAGAAUUCUGUAGUCUCUGUAAAACCAUGAACUAGCCACCGCAAUACUUUUUGUAUAGUAAAAUUAUAUUUUGGUAGUUGGUGCCUGAGAGAAACAUACAUUAAUCCUUACCGCUUAUUUUAAAAGUGACUGAACUCAAUUUAUGCAGUUGGCAUACCCAUUGUUAGGGAGUAGGUCAUUAAACUCAAAUUUGAAAUGUAUUUUGCAAUGGUAGGGGGAUUAAUUCUUAUAACAAUGGGGCAAAUAAUCAUACGAUAUCUCCUUGCAAAAGUAUUUAAAAUACAAAAAAGGUACACAAUAUAACUUUAUACUUUCUUGCAAAAUAUAGCCACAAUGUAAGGAUUUUAUAAAGCAAGCAAUGUUUUAUCCGAUUUCGAUUUUUAGGAAUUCUAAAAGCACAAGUUAUGAGAGCAAGGACGGGCACUGACAUUCCCCAAAUUAUUUUUUUGAUACUCAAUUUACUACCCCACUCCUACCCCACCCUCGAUCCAGGAAUUGUGUAAAAAUAAUUUCAAUACUUAGUACAUCAAUUUUUCACCGAUCCAUUUUCUUAUUUGUAGGUUCAUUAUACUUUUUAACAAACCUUUAUAGUUUGUCUGUAAUAUGUAGGCUAUAUUUCAUAAAUUAAAUUAGGAUAAAAAUCCGUCCACGCCCAUUGACUCUUGAACUUGAAAUUUGUUGUCGAAACAUAUCUUGUCACAAUCCUCUAAUAUUAAACAUGAAAUAAGUUGGAAUUAAGGAAGUUGUGAAUUAUAUCUCAGCCACUAUGCAACUGUAAUUUUAAGAUUAAUAUUACAACAAAAAGAACUACUCAUAAGAAAUUUGUUGUAUACUUUGCCUCACCAGUUUUACUGUAUACGAUUUACGAUUUUUUGUACUUCAUUCUCAAACACACACUCAGUACCUUAACUUUGUUUUUGGGUGCACUCCGAUCUGCAUUAUUACUCAUCGUCCUUGUUUUGUUGUAUUUGUCACAUUGCAAUGUGCACAGCUUGUUUCAAACAGGCCUUGUUUAUUUUAACAUUCUUAGCAUCCUAUUUAUUUUAUAUUUAAGGACUAGUCAAUAACUGCUGAUUGUGGUUUUUUAUUGUAUUGUAUUGUAGAUAAUUGUAUCUGUAAAGUUUAAUAGUGUGGAGUCACUCCUCUAAUUUGUAUGUUAAAAUGAAAUUGUAAUUAAUAAUGUUACUCCUCGCUUUAGUCAAUUAAAACCCUAACUAUUUAUAAUUGUGUGGUAAAGAGGUUUAAUAUUGUAAAACUCUUACAUUUUCCUAAAUUGAUUACUGUUAUACAUUCCAUUUCUUCUUUUAAAUAAUACUUGUUGUUAUGUGUUUGCUUAAUGCGUUUUUUACCAAUGCGUUUGUUUACUAAUACAAACUACAAUAUCUUGAUGGAAUUGUGUCAAAAUGUGCCUUAUUGUUAUUUAUAUACUCAGACAGAGAUAUACACACAAAGUAUUAUAUUUUCACUCAUUAGCCAUCGUUGUGUGAGCUAUUCCCCAGAUAGUUGUCACGCUAUAUAUAUAUUAGAGUUGUGUGAAAUGAAUAGCAAUACAACAAUUAAAAUUACAACUAACAUCAUAAGGGAAAAUUUAGUCAUGAAGUUUAUGUAUAUAUUAAGCACUUGUAUAAUUUCUACAUGUAUAUCUUUCUGUAUUGAUAUAUGAAAUAAAUUGUAUAAACAUUGUAAAGCAUA